AUGCUUUAUAAAGUGCAAAAAAAUUGCAUUUAUAUGAACAUCAGCAUUACAACAGAAGAUUCAGAAGUAGGAAGUCAACAUUGCACAUUAUCAAUUUAUGAUUCUGUAGUUGGACAAGCAAGCUCCAAGAGUGAUACAAUAGCAAUAAAACUCGCAGCACAAAUUGUUUUAGAAAAAAUUGAGAAAGAUGAUGAAUACCUUGAUUCUGGAUGUGAAUUUGAUUCUGGAUGUUGCUGUUCAAUUAUAAUUGAUUAUGCUGAUAAUUUUGCACAGUUAAGUAAACAUCUUAAUCAACCAUUGAUCAAUGUCAAAGAAAUCUCAAAAAUCACGAAUUUUUUACAACCUGGUGCACUUCCUAUAUUAACACCAACAACAUAUGUGGUGCCAGAAUUUUAUAAAAAAUCUUCAAUUGGGGCUUCAAUUUUCAGAUCUGUAUUAUUAUUACCAUUGAUACUUACAAGAUUAGAUUCACAAAUUCCUAAAGAAAUGGGGAGCAUGGUAAAAAGCAUCUUUGUGGAUGCAAAAUUUGAUUCACAAGUUCCUCAAACAUUGUUUGAUUUAUGGAUUGAGUCAGUUUUAAGUGAGCAUGUUGCUCCUCUUAUGUUGCCAAUGAUAAAACUUACAGAAGCAUGGAUCCCUAGAAGGACAACCGUUAAGAGAAUCAGCAAUAAAAUACUUGAAGAACUAAGUGCUAUGAGUGCGGCUAGUAAAGUGCAAAUUCUAGUGGCUGAAGGAGCCAAACAGAAAAAAUUUCCUGAUGUUAUUACUAUAGCUGGUGUUGGCGAAUAG